AUGGACGACAUUGUUAAAGGCUUCCAAUUGGCGAGACCGAAUCCCAUGUCGUCGUCUUCUUCUUCCUCCUCUUCAGCGGCUUCUUCCUCAGCAGCAGCCUCAGUAGAACCAGCGGCAGCAGCACCGGCACCGGCAGCAGCAGGAGCACCAGCAGGAACACUGGACAUCUUCUCGGUACCUUCAGCGAUGAGCUCCUCAACGGACUUGCCCUCGACUUCAGCAAUGAGCUUGUCUAAUUUUUCGGACUCGACUUCGACACCAACGGAUUGGAGCACCUUGGUGACGUCGGCAGCAGAAGGCGAGGAGUUUCCAGCCUGA